UGAAAGUAUUUCAAACUCAGUCGCAAUUUUAAAGACGGGCGAGAAAGAAGAGGGAGUACAAGAAUUAAUAAAACUGUAAAACUGAGUAACAUAAUUGAGUAAGUAGCCUGUUGUGUAGCGGGGUACAGGGAAUCGAAGCAGGUGAGUGGGUGUGGGGAGGAAUGGGAAUGUGCAAGUAUAAUCGCAUUAACACGCUAAAUUCAGUGAAACAAAACUGACAAUAAAAUGGGGCGAUUUAGGUCUACUAGGUUAUUUUCACAUUUCUCGUUUUGGACCAAGACAGAAAGUCAUUUUCAAAAUAACUGUUAAAAGUUUUACGCUUAUUGCAGCAUUUUCAAUAUUUUAUUAUUUUAUUACCUCGUUGGUUAUGACGGAAGUCACAGGCCCUGGUGUUUGAUUAAACUGUAGGCUACAUUUUGACACCGGCUACUGUAACAAACCGGACCAAACAUGUUGUCAAACAAUAAUAGACAUUGAUUUUGGACGUGAAUUCGGCGUUAAUUCAUUAAGUAUUGAUGUCUUAGUUCUGACUUGGUAUAACAGCCUGAAGGUAAAGGUAAAUAAAAGGUAACGUGGUGGACAUACAAUCAAAAUGACGGUUCUGCACUAACAUCUGUCGAUUUAAAUGUUUUGAAUUGAUGUAUCGUCGUUUAUUAAACGACGACCAUAUUAAAUCAACCAUCUAGUCUGUUGUUUAUUGGGAAUUUUGGAGGUGACUGUAUAGUACAUUUGUAGGUCUCUUUUAAAUUCGAUUGCUUCCUGUCAAGGCUAAGAUAUAUUAUGUAUGUAUGUGUUUCUGUGUGUAUUAGUGUCUAUGUGUGUUAAAUGUUUUUCUUUUUGUGUGUUUACGGUUUGGUGAGAACCCACUUGUGGUCUAAACAGGUCUGAUGUGUUCCAGUCUCCUGAGAUUGAGGGUACUGUUUCUAAAAUGAGUUUCUCAGAGGAUCCAGAGGCCAAAGAUGGAACCCCCAGCACUCACAGAAAAAGUGUCCAGGCAGAAAGAGCGGGGUCACCUGUACCCAGUUGUCUGUCUAUGAGGAGUGAACGGUCAAUGGAGAACCCAUUGUACUUCAGAGGACAGUUCCCAUGUGAUCCAAGUGUCCAGGCAGAAAGAACGGGGUCACCUGUACCCAGUUGUCUGUCUAUGAGGAGUGAACGGUCAAUGGAGAACCCAUUGUACUUCAGAGGACAGUUCCCAUGUGAUCCAAGUGUCCAGGCAGAAAGAACGGGGUCACCUGUACCCAGUUGUCUGUCUAUGAGGAGUGAACGGUCAAUGGAGAACCCAUUGUACUUCAGAGGACAGUUCCCAGGUGAUCCAAGGAUCCAGCGGCCAAUGGAGUCCAGCCAUUUAGAAGAGAACGGUUCAGAGAAAUUAUCUUUCCCAAAACAGUCUCUUCUGUGCACCCUCAUGAAGCUGAAGACUGAAAAGUUGCUACUGUUCCAGAGCCAUCUGAGUCAGGAUUGCCCAGAAUGCUUCAAGAGUGUGUCUGAUGAUCCUUCUGUACUGGAUAAGUUUAUGAAGAUGAAGAAAUUGUUCAACAGUCAAAUUUGUGAGCGAGAGUGGGAGGAACCUGAGGCCCUGUGCAUUGUUGAGAAGAUGCUAGAGGCCUGUGGCAGCGAGAGGUCUCUGGAGAUCACACUCCACAUCCUGAGGAACAUGAAGCAGAAUGAUCUCACUCACUCACUGGAGAGAGAUGAGCAGCACAAUGGAUCCAUAAAAAGAGCCCAGCAGGCACUGAAAACUGAUCUGAAGAAGACAUUUGAAUGCAUGUUUGAAGGUUUAGCAAAGCAGGGCCACCCAACCCUCUUCAAUGAGAUCUAUACUGAGCUCUACGUCACAGAGGGGGGAAGUGGGGGGGUCAAUAAUGAACAUGAGGUCAGACAGAUUGAGACAGCAUCCAAGAGACAAACCACACAGGAGACGGCAGUCCUCUGCAAUGACAUCUUUAAGCCAUUACCUGGCCAAAAGAAACCCAUUAGAACUGUCCUUACAAAGGGAAUCGCUGGCAUUGGGAAAACUGUCUCUGUGCAGAAAUUCAUUCUGGAUUGGGCAGAAGGAAAAGCCAAUCAGGAUGUUGAUUUCAUCUUCACUCUUCCAUUUCGAGAUCUGAAUUUGAAGAAGGAAAGGGAAUACAGUCUGAUGCAGCUUCUGCAGCACUACUUUCCACAACUGAAAGAGAUCAAAGGUAUUGAAGGUGAUGAAGUCAAAGUGGUGUUUAUUUUUGAUGGUCUGGAUGAGUGUCGACUUCCUCUAAAUUUUCAAGGCAAUCCGAUCUGCUGUGAUAUAACAGAGUCAUCAUCAGUGGAUGUGCUGCUGACAAACCUCAUUCAGGGGAACCUGCUUCCCUCUGUUCUUCUCUGGAUCACCUCCCGACCAGCAGCAGCCAAUCAGAUCCCUCCUGAGUAUGUCCACCAGGUGACAGAGAUACGAGGGUUCAAUGACCCACAGAAGGAGGAGUACUUCAGAAAGAAAAUCAGAGAUAGGAACCAGGCUAGCAGAAUUAUCUCACACAUAAAGUCAGCCAGGAGUCUCUACAUCAUGUGUCACAUACCAGUCUUCUGCUGGAUUUCUGCUACUGUUCUGGAGACAAUGUUGGGUACAGUAGAGAGUGCAGGACUGCCGAAAACUCUGACUGAAAUGUACACACACUUCCUGCUCAUUCAGACAAAUGUAAAGAAUCAGAAGUAUCAUGGCACCAAGACAAACCCAAAGGAAAUGUCAGCAUCAGAUACAGAAAUCAUCCUGAAACUGGGGCAGCUGGCUUUUCUACAGCUGGAAAAGGGAAAUCUGAUAUUCUACGAGGAGGACCUGAGAGAGAGUGGCAUCGAUGUCAGUGAAGCUUCAGUGUACUCUGGCGUGUGCACAGAGAUCUUUAAAGAGGAGUGUGGGUGGGAUCAGGAGAAGGUCUACUGCUUUGUGCACCUGAGCAUUCAGGAGUAUCUGGCCGCCCUGUUUGUGCUUCAUUCAUGUAUAAACGAGAACAGAAAUGUACUCAGAGAAGAAUCAAAACUUGACAGUGACAGAGUGCAGCUGUCUGAGUUACACAGGAGUGCAGUGGAUCAGGCCUUAAUGAGUAAGAAUGGACACCUGGACCUUUUCCUCCGAUUCCUUCUUGGCCUCUCCCUGGAAUCUGUCGAGACUCUCUUAGGACUACGGAUACAGGCAGGAGGCAGAUCACCUGGACUUGACCCACUGACACAGACAGAAAACAGAUCGGAGGGCAUUGUCCAGUACAUUAAGUUGAAGAUCAGAGAGGAAUCUUCAGCAGAGAGGACUAUCAAUCUGUUUCACUGUCUCAAUGAACUGAAUGACAACUCUCUAGUGGAAGAAAUCCAGAAUUCCCUGAGAUCAGGAAAACUUUCUGAGAAAGAGCUGGAACCACACCAAUGUUCAGCUCUGGCCUUUGUGUUACUGAUGUCAGAGGAGGUCCUGGAUGAGUUUGACUUGAAGACCUACAACACAACUGCAGUAGGCCAUCAAAGACUGGUGACAGUAGUCAGGAACUGCAGGAAGGCCAUACUGAACAGCUGUGAUCUCACAGAGAAGUCCUGUGAUAUUGUGGCUUCAGCUCUCCAGUCAUCAAAUUCACCCCUGAGAGAUCUGGAUCUCAGCUACAAUAACCUGGGAGAUUCAGGAGUGAAGCUACUCUGUGCUGGACUGAUGAGUCCAAACUGUAAACUACAGAGACUGGGCCUGAACAGCUGUGAUCUCACAGAGACGUCCUGUGAUAUUAUGGCCUCAGCUCUCCAGUCAUCAAACUCCCCCUUCAGAGAUCUGGACCUCAGCUACAAUAACCUGGGAGAUUCAGGAGUGGAGCUGCUCUGUGCUGGACUAAUGAGUCCAAACUGUAAACUACACAGACUGGGGCUGGGUUGGUGUAAUCUCACAGAGGGCUGCUGUGAUGUUCUGGCCUCAGUCCUGCGUUCUCCUCACUCAGACCUGAGGGAUCUGGAGCUCAGAGACAACGAACUGCAGGAUUCAGGAGUAACAGCACUCUCUGCUGGAGUGGAGGACCCACACUGUAAACUGCAGAGACUGGGGCUGUCAGGAUGUAGAGUCACACAGAGAGGCUGUGAUUCCCUGGCUUCAGCUCUGCGUUCAAACCCCUCACACCUGAGAGAGCUGGACCUCAGCUACAAUCACCCAGGAGACUCAGGAGUGAGAGCGCUGUCUGCUGCUAAACUCGACACACUCACACUCCUUAUGGACUACGAAGGAGAGAACAGGACCAAACCAGGACCCAGGAAAUAUGGCUGUCAGCUCACACUGGAUCCAAACACAGCGCACAGAGAGCUGUCUCUGUCCGAGCGGAACAGGAAGGUGACACACACACCGGAGCGAGGGGACCCGUAUCCUGAUCAUCCAGAGAGAUUUGAAGUCUGGCAGCAGGUUAUGUGCAGAAAGAGUGUGUGUGAGCGCUGUUACUGGGAGGCUGAGUUCAGUGUGUCUGAGUGGGGAAGGGUUUAUGUAACAGUGGCAUAUAAAAGAAUCAGCAGAAAAGGAGAAGGUUUUGACUGUUGGUUUGGCCAAAAUGAAAACUCCUGGAGUCUGCAGUGCUAUAAACAUAGUUACUCUGAUAAUCUCAGUUACUCUGUCAGACACAAUAAUAGCCCAACACACAUAUCUGUACCCCCCUCCCCCUACCGCAGAGCUGGAGUGUGUGAUGAUGAUGAUGGUAGAGGAGUGUGUGUGUACAGGGUAGGAGUGUGUGUGGACCGUCCAGCCGGCACUCUGUCCUUCUAUAGCGUCUCUGAAUCUCACACACUGACCCUUCUGCACAGAUUCCAGACACACUUCAUUGAGCAGACACCCCUAUGUGCUGGAUUUUAUGUGUAUGACUCCACAGUGUCUCUCUGCCAACUGCAGUAGAGACACAAACAUUCGCACAAAUACACUUACUGGCCACCUUAUUAGGUACACCAAUCUAGUAUCAGGUAGGACCCCCUUUUGCCUUCAGAAUUGUGGAAACCAAAAGUUGCGGCAAUUAAUAUAAUAAUCUACAAUUGGUUUGAGGUGUUUUUGUCAAAUAUUGGCAAAGUCAUUGAACAAAGCAGAAUUAACUGUAUUUUAAAUUGAUUUCUUGAGUUCUAAUGAUGUCUUUCAUGAAUUUUAAUAAAUUACAUUAAUAUAAUAAUCUACAAUUAGCCUGAAUUCUUCGUGGCAUGGAUUCGACAAGCUCCUGAAAACAUUCCUUAGGAAUGUUGGUUCAUGCUGACUUGAGAGCAUCAUUCAGUUUCUGCAGAUUUUUCAGCCGCACACUCAUUUGCAAACCACCCAUUUCACAUCAUCCCAAAGGUGCUCUGUUGGAUUGAGAUGUGUGGACUGUGCAGGCCAUUGAAGUAAACCAAAGUCACUGUCAAGUUUGCAGAACCACCUUGAGGUGAUGUACGCUUUGUGACAAGGCAUAUUAUCCUGCUGGAAGUGUCCAUUUGAAAAAGGAUAGUCUGUGGUCAUAAAGGGGUGCACGGUGCCAGCAACAAUGUUUAGAUAUGAUGCUGCAUUCAAAUGAUGCUCAGUUGGUAUUAAGGGGCCUAAUCUGUGCCAAAAAAACGCUACUCACACCGCAAGCCUGCACAGUUGACACAAGGCAGGAUAGACCAAUGGAUUCAUGCUGUUUGUGCCAAAUUCUGACCGUACCAUUUGCUGUCGUCCAAUAAGGGCGAAACUAAACUAAACGAAACUAAAAUCAUAACUGCACCUCUCGGUGUUAGCUCCCGGUCUCGGCCCCGAGCUGUGGAGAGCAGCAACGCCUUUAAGCACCUGGGCUGAUUAGCCAACGCGGCCCAGGUGCGCGUGCUCUCUCCACCAGCCGUCACAGGAACACACAGGAAUCAAAAUCAUUCCACACGGCACUCUGUUGCAAGCUGGCCAUCUUUUCAACUGACAGUAAGUGAACCACACCAUGCCACGCCCACCCCCUCUAUUACCCGUUUAGCAGUAGUCUAGGUAACAUUUGGUGAUCUUAUAUUUUGAAUGGUUUGACAGUUUAAAAAAUAAGAAAAGAUUUUUGAUUAUUUAAUUUAACCGUCAACGUGCAUACUCGCGACUGACAAUGGA